AUGCUUCGUACUGCCACUACUGCCCAGCGCGCCGCUCGCGUUAUCGGUCGCCGUAACGCCUCCACAAAUGUCUCUGUCCAGAACCUUGAGACCCGCUGGAAGACUUUGUCUACUGCUGAGCAGAACACUGUCGCAAAGCAGCUUGAAGAGGCACAGAAGGCUGACUGGAAGUCUUUGUCUGUUGAUGACAAGAAGGCUGCCUUCUACAUUGCUUUUGGUGCUCACGGUCCCCGUGAACCCUUGACCACCCCCAACCACGGUCUUAAGGUCUUAGGUGGUGUUAUUGGUGUUCUUGUUGCUUCCGGCGCUCUCUUCUACGCCAUGCGUCUUGGUGGUGAGAACCCCCCUACCAUGACCAAGGAAUGGCAGGAGGCUACCAACGAGUACCUCAAGAGCCAGAACUCCAACCCUAUCACCGGUAUCUCUUCCGAGGGUUACAAGGGCAAGGGUUACGUUGUCGAAGAGUAA